AUGCCCAGCAGUAUACUCUACACCGCCGAGCUGCCCACGUUCGAGCGCACGACCGGCCAGCUGUCGCUCGCGUCGCACCACCUCGUCUCGACUCCCCACUCCUUCCUCGACCGGUUUCCCGCCGACUACGCCCUCCUGUUCGACGAGUCGCCCAGCAGGCCGUACCAGCAGCCGUCGCGCGACCCUGUCAGCGACCAGCCUCGCCGCAAGAGGCGACGCACCGCUCCCCCUCCCGCCGAGUCCGCCUCGCCCGCCGACUUUGUCCUCCAGCGCGACAAGCUCGACCGCCAGUCGACGACCGACAAAGAGUCGGCCGAGCACCACGCCAGCGUAUCGCUCGACUUGCGCGUCGCUAUCGAGGCGGUGCAGCAGGGCUGGGCAGAGCGCGCAGAGCACGAGGGCUGGGUCGGCGAGCGCGAGGCGGACCGGGUCGAGUGGCGAUCGCGCGAUGGAGGAGAUGAGCGCAACGAGUUAGACCUCGUCGGUAUCGCGGCGGCCGAGCGGGAGCGAGAGGCUGGCGAGGACCCUGUUCGGCUCGACCCGCCGCGAGCCGAGGUUUCCGUCCCGCAGCUGUUCGACCGGCUCGUCCUGAACGACUCGCCGACGGCGAGCGUCGUCGUCGAGCUCGGUAGGCGCGCCGCCGUCCAAGGACCUGUACCCGCUCCUCGAGCCGGACUACUCGUCCCGCCGUCGAGCGGCUUCCUCCUGUCGGACCUGUCGACCUGGUCGGCGCCAUCGUCUGGCAUCGCCAACGUCGGGCGCAGCAAAGGUGGCUGGGAUGUCGUCGUCAUCGACCCGCCAUGGCCAAACGCUUCCGCCGCACGGUCCUCGAGCUACGAGACGUUCGACGCGUACGACCUCUGGAAACUCGACCUACCGGCGCUUCUCGGCGACAAGCCCGCCGUCGUCGCCGUCUGGCUCACGAACCGGGUCAAGUUCCGCCGACUCGUCAAGGACAAGGUCUUCUCGUCUUGGCGCGUCAAGGGUGCGGCCGAGUGGUGGUGGGUCAAGGUCGCGUCCGCGACGGGCGAGCCCGUCUGGCCGCUCGACGCGACGCACAGAAGGUGCUACGAGGGUCUGCUCGUCGGCCACUACGUGCCCAAAGGCGUCAAGAACCUGGAGCUGCCGUCGAUCCCGCAGGGCAGGACGUUCCUCUCGACGCCGGUCGGCCACUCGCGCAAGCCGAUCAUUCUCGACCUCCUCCUCCCCUUCCUCGCGACGCCGACCCGCACGCCCAACGUCCUCGAGCUCUUUGCCCGCAUGACGCUCGCCGGGCCUCGCGCUUCCACUACGCCCAACGAGUUGACUGGCGACGCUCAGGACGACGAGUGCCGAGGGUUCUACCUCGCCGUCGGCAACGAGGCGGUCAAGUUCAACGUGCUCGAGCGUGCCGACGCCAUGGCUGCGUUCGUUACUCGCCGUGCCGUCUCGUCCUCGGUCCGCUCCCUCGCCACCACUUCAUCGCCACCUCCUAUCGCCUCGACCUCGGCAGCAGCAGCGACAGCAGCACAGCCACACCGUCCUCGACUCGACGCCCUCCGAGCUGAGCAGGCCACCAUCGACGACUUUGUCGGCGAGCAGUCGGGCCCUUCCCUCGUCCGCGACAAGGUCGUCUUCACCAAGAACAAGACGACUCGCCUGCCGCGGUACCUCAAGACCGAGAUCCCGACCUCGGCGAGCUUCAACAAGAUCAAGUCGGACCUGCGCGGCCUCAAGCUCCACACGGUUUGCGAGGAGGCGAGGUGCCCCAACAUCGGUCAGUGCUGGGGAGGCGACAAGGGCGACGCGACGGCGACCAUCAUGCUCAUGGGCGACACGUGCACUCGCGGGUGCCGCUUCUGCGCGAUCAAGACGUCGCGUGCGCCUCCACCGCUCGACGUGCACGAGCCCGAGAACACGGCCGAGGCCAUCUCGCGGUGGGGCGUCGGCUACAUCGUCAUGACGAGCGUCGACCGUGACGACCUGGCUGACGGCGGCGCGGCCCACAUCGCCGAGACGAUCCGAAGGACCAAGACCAAGGCGCCGCACAUCCUGAUCGAGGCGCUCACGCCCGACUUUGCCGGCGACGCCGACGCGAUCCGGCUCGUCGCCCAGUCCGGGCUCGACGUGUUCGCGCACAACAUGGAGACGGUCGAGUCGCGCACGCCGUACGUGCGUGACCCGCGCGCCAAGUACCGCCAGAGCCUCGAGGUGCUGCGCGUCGCCAAGGCGGCAAAGGAUGGGCUCAUCACCAAGACGAGCCUCAUGCUCGGCGUCGGCGAGACGGACGAGGAGAUCCUCCAGACGCUCAAGGACCUGCGCGCCAACAACGUCGACGUCGUCACGUUCGGGCAGUACAUGCGCCCGACCAAGCGUCACAUGAAGGUUUCGUCGUACAUCACGCCAGACAAGUUCGACUACUGGGCCAAGCAGGCCGAGGACCUCGGGUUCCUGUACUGGGCGAGCGGCCCGCUCGUGCGGUCGUCGUUCAAGGCCAACGAGCUCCUCAAGAGCAGCGCGGGCAAGCGGCUGCUCAAGGGCUUGACGGGCAGGGACCGCGGCGUCGAGACGAUCACGAAGGAGGGCGAGCGGCGCCUCAUGGAGGGCGUGCGCAUGUAGACUAGCUCGGGCUCGGUUGUUCCUCUCUCCUCGUUCGUUCUGUGCAAGGAUGUAUCGCCCCGGCUUUCACUG